GGUUAUGGCUUCACGGAAAAGAGACGUUUGCUGCCCAUGAAAUAACAAUAACAAAUAGACAGGUGAAUAAAUAAACGUUAAGAUUUAUUCAUUUGUCCUGAAUAUAGAAGUAGCCUAUUAUUUUUUAUAUCAUUGGGACUUACUGCUUCUUCUGAGUUCCAUUUUUUUAUAUAUAUUUUGGACUAACUGAUUUAAGAUUUAAAAAACUGAUCAAUGGCUUAAUUGUUAAAAUGGGAAUGUAUAAGCAAAGCGCAGCCUUUAGGUUAUUUAAUUUUGGUUGGCUGUGUUAAAGAAAAACCCCUAAUCCUAAGAAACCGAAAGUAAAAGAAAAAUUAUAUCUGUCCUAAAAUGCCCCGGUGCUGUGUGUAGAGAAGAUAACUUCGCACUCCGUAGGAAAGGGGCAAAACGCCACCGAGAGAGAAAUAAUAACCGAAAAGGGUAAUAUCAGUUUUUUAGCUUAGGUCUAAGUGCGCGGGUUAUUUGGCGUUACCACGGUAACUUAAUUUAUACAUGCGACAUGCAUAAAGUUUUGGUGUUCGCGUGUAUUUUAUGUGUUGAUAUAAUAAUAGUUUACACUCUGGACCUCGGAGGAACUUUGCUGAAGUCUCGUACAAGGAAUCUAACGUUAGACCAUAGUCUAUUACGGCAGUGGGCUGAAUCUGCAUUGCGAUGCACACUGCUGUACGCUGGAUCCAUUUUCUGUAAAGAUGCUGCAGAUCCAUUGAUAAGGAGAUGGAUUACAGUUCACUGUUUUAUCGCUUCGGUAUACGAAACCGGACGCUUGGCGUUGUUUGACAACUAUCGCCUUGAUAAGUUUAAUUUGUGGCUUGUCGGUACUGUCGCUGCUGCUUUAGCUUGUCUUUUUUGGGAGCUAACGGUGCCUGACACUAAUGGAGAGAGUAACGGGAAAGAGCGCAAACAGAGGGCUCGAGUCCUCUUCAUCCGGGUCAUCCGUUUCUGCAAGCCAGACUACAUAAUACUGUGUGGAGCUUUUGUCUUUCUAGCCUUAGCUGUGCUAUGUGAGAUGUUCAUCCCUCUGUACACAGGAAAAGUCAUUGACAUCUUGGGUUCACAUUACCAGUGGGACAACUUUAGAUCAGCUAUCAUUCUCAUGGGAUUAUUCUCAUUGGGAAGUUCUGCCAGUGCAGGUUGUCGUGGAGGCCUGUUCAUGUGUGCCAUCAAUAGCUUCACUUGCAGAAUCAAGGUGCAACUGUUUGGAUCUCUUGUCAGGCAGGACAUAGGCUUCUUUGAGACCAUCAAGACAGGUGAUAUCACAUCUAGACUGUCCACAGACACUACUUUGAUGGGCCGGGCUGUAGCUUUGAAUGUCAACGUCCUUCUGCGGACCCUGAUUAAGACUCUGGGCAUGUUGUAUCUGAUGAUGAGCCUCUCCUGGAAGCUUACAUUACUGAUGCUAAUGGAGACGCCACUGACAGGCUUAUUGCAGAACAUAUAUGACACACAUUAUCAGAGACUGUCAAAAGAAGUUCAGGAUUCAAUGGCAAAAGCCAGUGAAACUGCUGGGGAGGCAGUGUCAGGCAUCAGGACAGUAAAGAGUUUCAGGACAGAACUUGGUGAAGCCCAGCGCUAUGAUGUCCGCUUGAUGGAAACCCAUAAUCUAAAGACCCAACGGGACACAGUUAGAGCGAUUUACCUGCUCGUUAGGCGGAUGGCAGAAUUGGGAAUGAAGGUGGCCAUGCUUUAUUAUGGGAGACUCUUUAUCCAGUACGGACAGAUGAGCACAGGGAAUCUCGUCUCUUUCAUCCUUUAUCAACAAGACCUUGGGGACAACAUUAGGACUUUGAUCUAUAUCUUUGGAGACAUGCUGAACUCAGUAAGUGCAGCUGGUAAGGUGUUUGAGUACCUGGACCGAAAGUCUGAAGUCAGUAUUGAUGGCAACCUGCAGCCCAGUGAUCUGAAAGGACACGUCAGCUUUCAGAACCUCACCUUCUCGUAUCCCAGAAGACCCGACUACAAUGUGUUAAAGAACUUCUCUCUGGAGUUGAAGCCGGGUCAGAUGACGGCUCUGGUGGGAAUGUCAGGUGGGGGGAAGAGCACCUGUGUGAGUUUGUUGGAGAGAUUCUACCAGCCUCAGCAGGGACACAUUCUGUUAGAUGGACAGCCACUGCAGAACUACCAACACAACUACUUGCACAGCAAAAUAGCAAUGGUGGGUCAGGAGCCUGUACUUUUCUCUGGCACUGUACGAGACAACAUUGCCUAUGGUCUAGCCGGCUGCUCAAUGGAGAGAGUAAAGGAGGCUGCCAGCAAAGCCAAUGCCCAUGCCUUCAUCAGCAAACUGGAAAAUGGCUAUGACACAGAUGUGGGAGAGCGUGGUAACCUGCUCUCGGGAGGUGAAAAGCAGCGAAUCGCUAUCGCCAGAGCUCUGAUCAGACAGCCUCAGGUGCUCAUACUGGAUGAAGUGACCAGCUCUUUGGACACUGAAAGUGAACAAAUGGUUCAACAGGCCCUGGCUUGCUGCCCCACCCAGACCUUGCUUGUGAUUGCUCAUAGGCUGAAGACUAUUGAAAGGGCGGAUCAGAUUGUGGUGAUUGACAGCGGGGAGGUGGUGGAGUUAGGCACACAUGAGGAACUAAUGAACAAGAAGGGAAAUUAUUAUAAACUGAGAGAGAGGCUCUUUAGUAAUGAUAACACAGUCAACCAAGACAAAGAGAAAUCUGACACAGUGAAAGUCUAAUCACCUGCCGCAGAAAUAUUACACAUAUUCAUAAUAAACAAACAUGCCAUUCAAAAACUUUGUAAACAGAUAUCUGUAAGAGCAAAAGUUAUACUUUAACCAUUGUCACAUUGUGAUCUGUGGUAGUGACCUGUAUAUAAACUCAGUGAUGAUCAUCAAUCCAAAUGUUUUGUCAACAAACACUUUUGAUAAAUGUAAAAUUUUGGAUUUGUUCGAGGUUGUAAUAUUUAAAUGUGAAUAAAUAUUGGGUUCUUUCUAA